AUGAUUACUGUAAGUUUGUCUAAAACUAUCGGCCUAUUCACAUAUAAAUUAUCUACCAAUCAACAAACUUCUCAAUCUGUAAAUAAUGAUUAUAUAAAAGAUUCAACGAACUUGUAUAUAUCAAUUCAAGUCAAUCCGCUUGCACAAAUUGAUAAUAAUCAUAAUAAUGAUGACGAUGAUGAAGAAUUAAUAAAAUUAGAUAUAUCACCAAUGGUAGCUUCAAGGUUUUGUGAAAAUAAUUCAAUUGAAUUACGUUUAGAUCAAGAUGCUGAAUAUGACAAUGAUAUAGCCAACGAAAUUAAAAUUUAA